AUGUCUCACGAUUUACCGGCCAGUUUACUGGAUGAGCUCGACAAAAAGCUUCUCGUUUUACUUCGUGAUGGCCGAACUCUGAUUGGAUACUUGCGCAGCAUUGAUCAGUUCUCCAAUUUACUACUACACCAGACCAUUGAAAGGAUCUAUGUCAAGGACAAAUAUGGCGAUAUUCCAAGAGGAAUCUUCCUCAUUAGAGGCGAAAAUGUUGCUUUGUGUGGGGAAAUCGACGAGAUCAAGGAGAUGAACACACCACUAAAAUCAGUGCCAAUUGAAGACAUCCUAGAAUUACAACAAAAUGAAAUCGAUGAGAGGAAAAAAGGAAAGUUCAACGCUUUUCAAGAUGCUGACGUUUAA